UGGCGAAGGCAUGACACGCCCUACUCUGCCUCUCAUUGGCUGCUACUCGUUUCUCUCGUUAAUUGGAUUGGUUGGUCUAGGCACGAGGAGUGAAAUUGGUUAGGGUAGGUAAGCCAAUCAGAGACAGAGUAAGGCGGAAUAGGGCGGGCCAUUGCCUUGCCAUCCUUUGCGUCAAUGCGCCAUCCUAGGAAACGUAUCCCUUAAACUCAAGAGUUAAACUACGUAGACCAUAAUGCAAAGUAGAAAAUGACAUCACUCAUCUCGACAUCGGUCUGCUGCCAGUCUGACAGCUGAGGAUUUCCAGACGGGGGAUACCGGCUCAGUACGGCCUUCUAUUAUCGAAACGUUGGAGUCUACAGUGUGUUUAAAUGGCGAAAACGUACGAUUAUCUCUUUAAACUGUUGCUCAUCGGAGACAGCGGAGUCGGCAAGACAUGUCUGCUGUUCAGAUUCAGCGAGGACUCCUUCAAUACCACCUUCAUAUCUACAAUAGGAAUAGACUUCAAAAUCAGAACAAUCGAGCUGGAUGGAAAGAGAGUCAAACUUCAAAUUUGGGAUACUGCAGGGCAGGAGAGGUUUCGCACCAUCACUACAGCUUACUACAGAGGAGCAAUGGGCAUUAUGUUGGUGUAUGACAUCUGCAAUGAGAAGUCCUUUGAAAACAUAAAAAACUGGAUUAGAAAUAUUGAAGAGCAUGCCUCGUCUGAUGUAGAGAAGAUGAUCCUGGGUAACAAAUGUGACAUGGCUGACAGGAGACAAGUGUCCAAAGACAGAGGUGAAAAACUGGCUAUUGAUUAUGGAGUUAAGUUCUUGGAAACCAGUGCAAAGUCUAGCCUAAAUGUAGAAGAGGCUUUUUAUAACAUGGGAAGGGACAUAUUACACAAUCUGAGCUCAAAGACAACUGACAACAAUGCCGGAGGAUCAGGCAAACCAGUCAAGAUCACCGAGAAAAAGUCAAAGAGGAUAAAAUUCUUCAAGUGUUCGCUCCUCUAGGGUGCUCACCUCUAGUGUUCACGACUCUAGCAUGACUUUGCUGUUUUGGCGGGCUUCUGCCUCCCGGGCAUCCUGGCAGCAGCGGCGGCAGCAGUGGUAAUAUUUGGAGGGCCAUAAUGCUAGCUGAAGCUCACGGGUUCAUAAGUGGUUGAGAUGUCUGAUCUGCUGACCAGAAGGGGAUCAAUGAGGAAUGAGGCCUGAUACUGUAUAUCCGCUCAUGCAAAAGACUUGUGCGUGAUCGUCAGCAUUGGUUUGUAGCUGGCCCUGCCCUGGUCUGCUCACAGGUGAUUCUGUUGGCAUUCAUAAUACCUCUGUUGGAUCUUAUGAAAAUAGACUUUAUUAAAUAUAGUAAAGUUCUGGAUAGUUGUCUUAUAAAUGGGGCACAUUCAGAUUCUUUCAUAAAUUGUAGCAUUGUUUUAUACACACUACAUAUUGUCAUCAUUUUACUAUGAUGAUGCUGUCAGAUAGACAUAUCAAGUCUCAGCAUUGAUUGUAUUUGUCUGUGUAAAUUCAUGUAUACUAAUAUGCCUAUAAUCUCUCCUGUUGCACUGGCAGCAUUUCUAUUUGUUCAUGUGUGCCUCGAAGGAGUCACAGUAUUGUGAUAGAAAAGAGAAAAAUAUGUAUAAAUAUAACCUACUGUCUUUUUUAAGAAACCUUAAUUUAUACAGGUUUCUGUGUCAAAAUGAAACUGUGAAAGGUUGUUUGUUUCUUGGGAGCUGUACCUAACUACAUAUUGUUAUGCGAUUGUCAGUAUUUGCAUGAAAGAUAUAGGGAUACCUCUGAGUGGUUCAUUAUUAAGCACAUUGCAGUAUUGGAAAAGAAAAUGUUUACAGACAAUAUUUGAAAGUGUCAAUUGUAUUUAGGAAGUUCAUGUUUUUGAUUGACUGAUGUGUAUAUACUUUAUUUUCACCUUAACAUGUAGACAUCCAACAUAAAAACACGACUGGGGAAAGCUGUAAUGUCAAUGAUUGUAAGCUACUGUACGUUACACCAAUGAAAGACAGUAAAGAAAUUGGAUCUUUAAAA